GCUCCCAAGAGUGGUCGCUCUAGGCUGAUUUCACAGUACUUUCAUAGGCUAGUGCGUCAGAAAAUGCUAAUGUCCGAAUGUAUUAUGAAUUCAAGCCUCUGGUAAAAUUAAGUUUUCGUCGGGAAUAAAGUUUGAGUAGCCUAAAAUCAGCUAUUGGAAACCAAAACUGAAGUCGCGUCUUGUUGGGAGUGUAAUUCAUCCUUAUGUCAAACAAGACAUCAAACUAAUACGUUUUGCCUCUUUUCUCCCUCUCCAAAAUGCCGGUAUUUAAUAUGGCUGGGUGUCGGACAGACUGCGUUGAGAAGCCAUUCUCCAUUGGAUUUCAGAAAUUCGGCCGUUUCGUGGGAAAGCAUCCUUGGUGGUUCUUUAUCUGCCCUCUGGUCAUCUCUACGGCGCUCGGGACUGGGUUUUAUUUUCUUGAGGACAUGGAGGCCAACAACAUUGAGGACCAAUUUACACCAGUAAACGGACCCGCAAAACUUGAGAGGAAAUUUGUAGAAGAGAACUUUCCGCUGAAUAACUCGGUGUAUUCAAACCAGAGACUGUACACCAUGGGGGAAUUUGCAUCCUUCAUAGCUGUCUCAAGAGAUCCCAACAUCUUCACCGAUGGAGCCAUCAAAGAAAUAUUAAGUUUAGACAAGAAGGUCCGGGAAAUAAAACAUUCGAGAGGUCAUGAACAGCUUACAUAUGAAGGACUUUGCGCCAGAAAAUCCAAUAAAUGUAUUCCCAAUAAAAUAUUAGAUAUCAUGAAUCAUUAUGGUAGCAACAUUGACCAGACUGAACUCACCUUUCCAUUUUUCCGUUUUGGAUUCACAACAAUAUUUCUAGGAUAUUCUGUCGGUGGAGUUAAUGUAAGCUCAACAGUCAUAAAGAGUGCGAAAGCAAUACGACUUUUUUAUUCUCUGAAAGAAGGUAACCGCUCUACAACAGAUCUGUGGCUAAACGAAUUCCUCAAGGUUUUCCCCUCCAACCAGUCGCUGAAUUUCAUCACGGUUACACAUUCUACAUCACUGUCUAGGCAGGUGGAAUUCGAGGCCAACACCAGGGACGUUAUCCCCUUGUUUUCCAUCACAUAUGUUAUCGCCAUAGUCUUCUCCAUUGUGUCUUGCUUAAGGUUUGAUUGUGUGAGGAACAAGGUAUGGGUGGCCACCUUUGGAGUAUUAUCUGCAGGGCUUGCUGUGCUGUCUGCCUUCGGGAUGAUGCUGCAUAUUGGAGUGCCUUUUGUAAUGACUGUGGCCAACUCCCCCUUCUUGAUAUUGGGUAUUGGUGUUGAUGACAUGUUCAUCCUCAUAUCCUGCUGGCAGCAGACCAACGUUCACGCCCGGGUGGAAGACCGCUUAGCAGACACAUACAAGGAGGCGGCCAUUUCCAUUACCAUCACCACCCUGACGGAUGUGUUAGCCUUCUACAUCGGGCUCAUGACUCCAUUCCGCUCUGUGCAAUCCUUCUGCCUGUACACCAGCACGGCCAUCUUGUUCUGCUUCCUUUACAGCAUCACCUUCUUCGGGGCGUUCCUCGUACUGAAUGGGAGGCGUGAGAACAGCAACAAGCACUGGCUGACGUGCAAGGAGGUCCCAGAGGAUUGCCCCGUGGGUCGCUCAAAAUGGUACGACCUGUGCUGUGUGGGAGGAGCUUACGACCGCCAUACUGGAGCAGAGGAAGUACAGCCCAUGAAUCACUUUUUUAAGAAGCACUACGGCCCUUUUCUGGUAAAGCCCUGGACCAAGGUGUGCGUAAUCCUGCUCUAUUCAGUUUAUUUGUCCAUCAGCAUUUAUGGAUGCUUCCAGAUACAGGAGGGUAUUGACCUUCGCAAUUUAGCUGCUGAUGAUUCAUAUGUGAAUAGGUAUUAUGAUGAUGAAAAAGCCUACUUUUAUGAGUAUGGGCCAAAUAUCAUGGUAAUCAUAAGAGGUGAAUUUGCAUACUGGGAGGAAAAGAAUAUGUUGGAUCUUGAAUCUUGUGUAGAGGACUUCAAAAACCUGUCCUUUAUUGAGAAAGAUAUCUUUACAUCCUGGCUGAAAUCGUAUAAAUAUUAUGGGUACCAUACAAAUCUGAAUUUGAGUGUUGAAAAUGUUUUCAAGACAAACCUAAGUUCGUUCCUGAGAUCCUACUCUGACUUCAAGCAAGACGUAAAUUUCACAAAUAAUUCCAUCCGUGCCUCACGCUUCUUCAUCCAGACUGUCAAUAUCACUACUGCCAUUGAUGAAAUGAACAUGUUAAACAAUCUGCGAGAUACUGCUAGGAGAUGCUCUGUCCCGCUACUGGUAUAUCACCCUGUCUUUAUAUACCAUGAUCAGUACGCUGUCAUAGUGAGUAACACCGUUCAGAAUAUCUCCGUCACCACAGCAGUCAUGUUAUUGAUCUCCCUCCUACUGAUUCCAAACCCGCUCUGUUGUCUGUGGGUGACGUUCUCCAUCGCUUCUGUCAUUGUGGGCGUCACUGGUUUCAUGGCAUUGUGGGAUGUUAAUUUAGACACCAUAUCCAUGAUCAUUCUUGUUGUCUGCAUUGGAUUCUCCGUGGACUUCUCCGCACACAUUUCCUAUGCCUUUGUUUCCAAUAAGAAGCCAACUGCAAACGAGAAAGCCGUGGAAGCGCUGUUCCAUUUGGGCUAUCCCAUACUUCAGGGUGCUUUGUCAACCAUACUGGGCGUGAUAGUGCUGUCUGCUUCCAAGAACUACAUCUUCAGAACCUUCUUCAAGAUCAUGUUCCUUGUCAUCUUUUUCGGACUGUUCCAUGGCAUAACUUUUAUCCCUGUCUUUUUGACAUUCUUUGACUUUUUCAGCAGCAACUCAGGCAAUGUCAGCCCUCAGGAGAAAAGGGCGCUGGAAAACCAAGCCAUGACCAACUGCCAACCCAAAAACAUCCAAGAGAAAGCCAUUGAUCACGACAAGCAAAUCUAUGACAAUCACACCUUCCUGCCAGACAAUCAGCAAUUAUUCCCAACACAGCCCUGUCCCUCAGUCUGGACACUGACUGUCAACACCCAUCCCACCCAAAGUGGUCAGAUGUGCAUGGCAAGCACAGUUCCCAUGUUCAGAGUUGAUAGUCAAACAUAUGAAGUUCAGAUGUACACAACUAGUAAUGACGCUGUCACGGUCAAUUGCAACCAAAAUCUGGGGUCUGGUGAACAUCAUUGUGUGAUUGGAAAUAACCAACCACCAGUUUUACAGGAGUGUAAUGCCCCGGUUAUCAACUGCUCUGAUUCUGCAGAUCCUGUUCCUUGAACACCCCACUGUGUGAUAAAGCAUGUGUCGUUGUUUCAUGCGGCGUAUCUUACAAAGGAGGUUUAUGUCAAUCGUAAAGCCCUAAUCAAUGUUUUAUGGCUUAAACCUUUUUGACUGUUUUUUUGUUGAUGGCACUCGUACAUAUAAGCUUCAAUUGGCCAUCAUGUAAAAUAUAUCCAUAACAUUUGCUUAACUGUUAAAGUUCUACAAAACACAUUAUUUAACUUCGCAGCAAUGCAUCAGUGUUGAUGGGUUACUAUUUAUGUGGCAUUGUUGAUGGAUUUUAAAACCACCAUGAGCGUGUUCAUAUUUUGUAUUUGAAGAAUCCCAAGCUUUACUGAUACAUUAGAAUAGUGUUCAUGAUCUGUACAAUUUGAGAGUGUGUACUAUUACCAAUAUAUUUGUAUAAAAUGAAAUUGAUUUCACUUUCUUCUCUCAGUGUCUUUAAAGGAUAUAGAAUGUUAAAAUAACUACAAUAGCACUUCCUAGAAACAUUAUCAGUUCUGUUGGGUUUGCAAUUGAUAAUUAAUAUUGCCAUCUUUUAAUUAUUGAUACUGUUAAAACACAUACCAUACUAUGUAUUGAAACCUAAUAGAACAGUAUUUACUCAUUUAUUCAAUUUGUAAUGUUAAAAUAAAUGAUGUUGUCCUUGCUUACCCUUGGUUUAGGUAGUUGAUUUCUACAGGUGAUGUUUGUAAACCACAAGGUGGCAAUGUGAAUAUAUGCAGUGAAGAAAACUUGUGCUGAUAUCUAAUUUUGACAUUUGUUUUGUUCACCAUGUAAUUUAUUACCUAGGAGUUUAUAUUUUGACCUCAUAAUAAUACAUACUACUCAACUGUAACACCUCUUGUAAACAACAUUUGUGGAGUACUAUACUAUGCAUUUGAAAUAAAAAAUCAUCUCACUUGCAUUCAGACUAUUUCCAAUAAACCAUAUCCUUUACGGAUAUUCCUCUGCA